AUGCGAAGUUGGACUGCCUUUUAUUUCUUUCUAAUCUCUUUCUUCUAUUCAAUCUUUUUUUCUCUCUCGAGUUUCUUUUUUUCUUUUCUUUUCACCUGUAAUUUCUUUCUUUCACAUCUUCACUAUUUGGCUAUUUUUCUUUCUUUAUUUAUUUAUUCACUCAGUAUCCGAUUUCCAUUCUCCCUUUCCUUCUUUCUUUCUUUACUUAGCUUCUGCUUUUCAUUCCCCCUUUUUUCUAUCUAUCUUUCUUUCUUUCUCGGCCCAGUAUCUGCUUUUCAUCCCCUUUUUCCUUCUUUGCUCAGUAUCCGUUUUCAUUCGCCUUUUCUUUCUUUCUUUCUUUGUUUCUUUCUUUCUUUCUUCGCUCAAUAUCAGAUUUUCAUUCCUCCUCCUCCUUCCUUCCUUCCUUUGUUUGUUUCUUUGAUUCUUUCUUUCUUUCUUUGCACAAUAUCAGAUUUUAAUUCACCCUCCUUCCUUCCUUUCUUUUCUUUGUUUGUUUGUCUGUCUCUUUCUUUCUUUCUUUCUUUCUUUCUUUCUUUAUUAUCCCUGUUUUAUCUGUCUUGCUUUCUUUUCUUUUACUCCAGUCUCUGCUUGGCUGAAAUAUUCCUACUUUCAUCUAUCUAUCUAUCUAUCUAUCUAUCUAUCUAUCUAUCUCUCACUCUCUCUCUCUCUCUCUCUCUCUCUCUAUAUAUAUAUAUAUAUAUAUAUAUAUAUAGUAUGUAUGUAUGUAUGUAUGUAUAUACCUAUCUAUCCGAUCUGUUCAUAUCUAUCUAUCUAUCUAUCUAUCUAUCUAUCUAUCUAUCUAUCUCAUUAUGUUUAUGUCUAUCCAACUUUGUUCAUAUCUCUUUCAAUGCGAUAUGA